AUGGCCCCUUCCGAAUUCGCCCUUCCGCAUUCCCCACCCCACAUGCCCCCUUCCGCGUUCCCACUUCCGCAUUCCCCCUUCCACAUCCCCCUUUCCCCAUCCCCCCGUCCGCAUUCCCCCUUCCGCAUUCCCCCUUCCGUAUUCCCCCUUCCGCAUUCCCCCUUCCGCAUUCCCCCUUCCGCAUUCCCCCUUCCGCAUUCCCCCUUCCGCAUUUCCCCUUCCGCAUUCCCCCUUCCGCAUUUCCCCUUCCGCAUUCCCCCUUCCGCAUUCCCACUUCCGCUUUCCCCCUUGCGCAUUCCCCAAUCCGCAUUGGUAUUCCUCCUAUCCCCAUGUUUCCCCCCAGCAGGCCCCAUGAUUCCCCCCAGCAGGCCCCAUGUUUCCCCCCUGCAGGCCCCAUGUUUCCCCCCUGCAGGCCCCAUGUUUCCCCCCUGCAUGCCCCAUGUUUCCCCUCUGCAGGCCCCACGCUGGGUGGUGAGUGCAUCGCUGCUCGCGGCAGCAUGUGAAGUGCUCACAUGCAAAGGAACCUCUCAGCCCGCAUAG